AUGACGAGGGCGACGCAGUCGGGCAAAUCACCUACAUCCUCGCCCUCACAAACCUCGAUAUCCACCGUAUCUCCGGAACCUUCAACAACUUCCGGAGUUUCACAAUAUUCAGAGCCUCAGGGGUCGACCACAAACACAGGUGCAAUUGCAGGUGGCGUGAUCGGAGGGGUUUUCGGUGGUUUUUUGAUCGCGGGAAUGAUAUGGUUUGUUCUUCGUCGCCGGCGUCCUGCCUCCGCGGCAUCACAGCCCGACAGCCCAAAUACGGCCUACAGCACAUCCAUUCCUCGUGCCGAAGCAGAAGGUCAUUCCACUCAACCAGGAGGCUAUAGCAACACUUCACGAGAAUUUCAUAAUGAUCCUACAUUGCAAGAGUUGGCGGGCAGCCCAGGAGCACGUCAUGAGCUACCUGGAAACAACCUUGAAGCCAAAUGA